AUGGACACGAAGCUGAUACGCAACCUCCUCCACCAGGCACCACUUGUCAUGCAGCUGGCAGAGAUUGAACGACAGCAGGUCGAAGAGCUGAGAAAGGAAGUCGAACGCCUUCGCAAAGAUAAGGCACGUCUCAAGCGAAAGUUGGUCAUCGAUGAACAGAAGGAAGACGACGAUGAGGAGUAUGAAAGCGAAGAAGAACAAGAAUUCCAAGCCGCAGAACAUCACCACAAAUCUGCGUUCGAGUCACAAGGUGUUUUCCAGGCUGAUUCCGACAAACCCAAGAAAAAAUUGCGCCGGGUUGACCAACGGCGAAGCCACCAGCCGCCGACUGCCUCCUCCCGCUCACCCUUGCCCCAGCCCACCAAUCGCUAUGCGCUCCGAAGCCGCACCCCGGUCUCGACAGCCACCAGGGUCAGCACAGACGUGGCAUCCGGAGGGGACAAGGUCCGCUACAUCAUCUUGAAGGAUAUUAGGUCACGGGACCUUCAGCGGCCACCAUUCAAGGACGACAAGGUGCCCAAAGGCAAGCCCAAAGCAUCAGAUUACGAGACACACACCUGCAGGAUGAUCGUGCGCGCAUGCCGUUUCUAUAGCGUGCUGGUCUGUACAGAGGACCCCUUUCCCGAUGACGACAAGCAGGUGAUGUGGGCAGAUAAGGCAUGGUUGUCGAUCUGCGAAGAAGUGCAGGUCUAUUACCGGUUGACAGACCAUGUGGAGCAGAUUAUUGUUGAACGGAACUCACAUGCUUGCAGCGCCCUUCGGGACCUCAUCCGCCCCUGGAUAGAGAAGAAUGUCCGAAUCGCAAACAUUGCUACCUAUACGCAACUUCUCGACCUCAAUGCCGACGAGCCACAUCCUGUCUUCCAUUAUCAGGACACCAUGGCUCCCUCCGGCUUCGCUUUACACCCCAUCAUCCAGAAGGCCAUUCAGAAGAACUGGUUCUCCGACGCCACAGGGCUUGGCGUCAGAUAUAGUACUUACUUCUCCCCGAUCCGCAAUGUGACGCUGGCGCUCCUCUUUAUGACGAUCGAGUUUUGCCUCGAUCAGUGGGAGACCAGGAUAUUCAAUUCACGCCUCCAGUUCACUGAGAAGCUUUACAAGCCAAAAUACGACAAGCAUCUCCGUGCAAUCCAGGAGUGGCGCGAGAUUGACGAGGAAAUCACUUUGGCAACUAUGCAAGAGUUGCAUGACCGUGCAAGGCGAGCUUCGGGUGCCGCACCACUUGUUGCCCCUGUGGUCGUCGGUCUCUCCUCAUCAUCACGCGAUCGUCUCCGGCUGGAGCUCGAACAGACCUCUGUCGCAAACCGAUUUUUUCCUGAUGCUCCACCCACCCCUGCCAUACCUGCCGCACCCAUCGAGGAGGUCCUCCAUUCGCGCAGCCCCUCCCCCGUAUCCCCACCCGCUGUCGUCCACGACCUCCCCGCUGACGCCAUCCCCACCCCUUUCCGUCCCAGGCGCCCCGCCCCCGCUAACCCUUCAUCCCGUUCCCCAUCGCCCCCCGCUGCCUUCCCAACCAUCGCACCAUCGCCGUCCCGCUCCAUCACCUUCCUCUCCGGGGCCUACUUCAACCUCAUUGAUCCUGGCUUGAACAUUGGCCUCUGGUACCCGCCAGCGCCCUCGUCACCGCUCACGGAGCCAGACUUGGAGUUGAACGAUCGGGACGAUCGUGCUUAG